AACCAGACAUUCAGUGACUUCAUUAGCAGCAAUGCUGUCAUUGAUCAGGGGCCUCCUAUACGCUAUCGGCUUAGACUAGAAGUGAGGAACCUGGACAGAAAGGGGGAUGAUUCAAGGCUCAGAAUAUGCACACUUGGUACAAAAGAUCCCAAAAAGCCGAAUAGAACCAUCCUGCUUGUUGGAGAGACCGGCUCAGGAAAAUCUUCCUUCAUCAACAGUCUUGUGAACUUCGCAAUGGGGGUGAAACAGGAAGACAAAAAAUGGUUUGAGAUAGUAGAUGAUGUAAAAACAAGUCAAUCAGAAAGUCAGACAAUAAAGGUGUCAGUCUACCAGAUCUUUGGCUUUGAAGGGAAAACUCUGCCCUACUCUCUGACCAUCAUCGACACUCCUGGAUACGGAGACACCAGAGGGAUCGAGUACGACGCCAUGGUCAGUAGAAACUUACAUGACCUGUUUCUAUCAGAGGACGGAGUUCGUGAAGUUCAUGCCGUGGGUUUGGUGCUGAAGGCGACUGAAAACCGACUGAGUGACAGACUGAGCUACAGCUUCCAGUCAGUGAUGUCUCUGUUUGGAAAUGAUAUGGAGCAAAAGAUCGUGGCACUCAUUACACACUCAGAUGGAAUGCCACCAGAAAAUGCCCUUAAGGCUCUGGAAGCAGCAAACAUUAAAUGUGCUAAAAAUGAGGAAGCCCAUUUCUGUAACGAGGAAGGUUUCCGAGAAGUCAUACCUGAAGCAGCAGCUCCGUCCUCAGAGGGGAACAGCAUGGCACAACACCAGACAUUCAGUGAUUUCAUUCACAACAAUGCUGUCAUUGAUAAGGGGCCUCCUACACGUUAUCGGCUUAGACUAGAUGUGAGGAACCUGGACGGAGAGGGGGAUGAUUCAAAGCUCAGAAUAUGCACACUUGGUACAAAAGAUCCCAGCAAGCCGAAUAGAACCAUCCUGCUUGUUGGAGAGACCGGCUCAGGAAAAUCUGCCCUCAUCAACAGUCUUCUAAACUUCGCAAUGGGGGUGAAACAGGAAGACAAAAAAUGGUUUGAGAUAGUAGACGACAUAAAAACAAAGUUAUCACACAGUAAGACAAUAAAGGUUUCAGUCUACCAGAUCUUUGGCUUUGAAGGUAAAACUCUGCCCUACUCUCUGACCCUCAUCGAUACUCCUGGAUACGGAGACACCAGAGGGAUCCAACACGACGCCAUGGUCAGUAGAAACUUACAUGACCUGUUUCUAUCAGAGGACGGAGUUCAUGAAGUUGACGCCGUGGGUUUGGUGCUGAAGGCGUCUGAAAACCGACUGAGUGACAGACUGAGCUACAGCUUCCAGUCAGUGAUGUCUCUGUUUGGAAAAGAUAUGGAGCAAAAGAUUGUGGUGCUCAUCACACACUCAAAUGGAAUGCCACCAAAAAAUGCCCUUCAAGCUCUGGAAGCAGCAAACAUUAAAUGUGCUAAAAAUGAGAAAGAUCAGCCAGUUCACUUUUUGUUUGACAACUGCCUGAGCACAGAAAUUACAGAGGAAACUGAGUUUGGAUUGGCACAAGCCUGGAUAGUUACACUGAGAGGAAUGAGCAAAUUCUCUGAUUUUCUAGAUAAAUCUACCCCCCAAAAGCUGGACACAGCUGUGAGAGUCCUGACUGAGAGGAUCCAACUGGAAGCCUGUGUCAACAAUUUGAUAGACAAAAUGGACUUAUGUCAGCAUAAAACAACAGAAAUAGAACAAACUCUGAAAAUUCUGAAGGAACACAAAGAUCAGUUAGACAACCAGAGUUUCAUAGUGGAGGUUGAUGAGCCCUACAAGGAUAAGGAAGAUAUUCCUGGUGGGAUGUCGUUCUUCAUGUAUGGUGGAGCAGUAACCUGUAACGUCUGUAAGGAGAACUGUCACUAUCCUGGAUGCACGCUGGCCUGGUAUCCAUCCCACUGUAAGGUCAUGAAAAAGGGCCGCUGCACCAUUUGUACCAACAAGUGUCCUGCUUCAGUUCACGUUAAAGAAGAAUGGAAAUAUGUGACCAAGACAAGGAAAGUUAAGAAGACCAUUGAGAAUCUGGAAAAAAAACAUAAACAUGAAACUGGUAAAAUGAAAAAUGAGAGUCUUCUUGAAAAGCUCCAAAGUGAGAAGAAAAAUCUGGAGGAAGAGAAAAACAGGCUUCUGGAUGAAGCCUACCUACAUAUUGUCAAACUGGAGCAGAUUGCACUGAAGGUGGACUCAGUGUUCACUUUCAUCGACCCGGACUUCUUGAUUAAGGCGAUGAAGGAAAGAGGAGACACCGUGAAGGUCCAGAAACUGGAAGAGCUGAAGAGCAGAAUGGAUGAGGGAGUUAUGGCAGGUCUGAGAUAUGGAUUUCAGAAUUUGGGUGAAAAAGCAAAGAACGUGUUUAAAAAGAGCAAGUGAUUUAAAAAUGGCCGAAAAUUAGACACGACAAGUGUUGCAUCAUCCUGAACCGGUUAUCGUUAGUUCCUGCCAGAUAGAAAAGAUUUUGUGGUGUUGGUUCAUUUUAUUUUCCAUUAAUCAC